GGGUGUAUUUCCUAUCGGGUCAUUCCAUCAAAGCAAUGUCAAGUUCAGAUAUUUUGCUGUCAUAACAAAAAUAAAAAAUUGGCUGAUCAAAUUUCGAAUCCUGUGUUCCAAAUUACAUAAUUCCGCUGAAAAACAGCAAUGUUGCGGAAGGUGUGCACCGGAUCGGUUCCCGUCCUCUUGGGAGCUGCCACCGUGGUGAAAGCCGAAGACGUUGCCACUAAAAAAGAUGACGCCAAAUCGAAAGCGUUGAUCUGCCGACCCUCGGAGCUACCACUUUACAAGCCGCUCAAUCAGAAAAUCGACUGCGAAUGUGAGCACAAGAAACAUCCGCCUAAGGUUUCCGGCGCGGAACAGGCCAUCGAGGAUGGUAUCCGGAUGGUGCGAGUCCAGCUGAGCGAUGCCUCCCAGCUGCUAGUAGACCAGAAAAAGCAAGUCGCCGUUUGGAUCGAUACCGGCAAGGAGCACAGUAAAUUUAUCCGUGAUUACCUGAAUGAGGAGGACAACACCUUGCCCCGGGUUGGUGCCAUUGCUGUCGGUGGUUUGGCCGGUUUGAUUUUCGGACUGCGAGGAGGUUUCUUCCGGCGUCUGAUCUACAUGUCGAUUGGUGCCGGAGGAGUGGCUUCCGUUUGUUACCCGGAGGAGGCGGAAAAGUACGCCCAGCAGGGUCUAGUCGAGGGCAAAAAGUACGCCAACAUCGGUUACAACUUUGUGUACGGCGUCAAACCGGGCGACAAACAGCUGGAACUGCCCACUAUUCCGACCAGUUUGGGUGAGCUGAAGGACAGCGUAUCGGGCCUGGCGAAGUCGGCUUACGAUGCUGUGUUUCCGGAUAAAAAAUAAUUUUUGUGAUUUGCGUCUUGAGCAGCGUGUUGCAUCUUUUUCGAGCAUUAAAUUAUAAAGUUUAGUUGAAUCA